UCCUGAACAGCGUGAUGGCCCGAAGGUUUUUCAAUUUCUUUUAAGUUCCAUCUCUCCUUAACUUUUUAGUCUUUAUCAUGCAUGGAAAAAAUAAUCAAACUUUUCCUUCCGAAAAUUACCAAAAACGAUUAUUUGAAGAUUGCAUCCAAUGUUUAACAAAGGAAAUGCUACUCUUGCAUGCACAGCGAUAUUGAAUGGACAUAUGAUAAUCCAUUUGGAAGGCCUGCUGAAGGAAUUAAAAGAGUUAUGAUUCGUUUUGUGUAUUAUUCAUAGCUCUGAAAGUUUCUGUCCCCCCUAAGUCCCUGUAAACCAAUGUCUAAAGCUUCAGCCAUAAAUUUUUUGUCUAGUACAUCAAAUGCCAAAAAAACUUAUAAUUGAUAGGUAGAGUUAAGUGAAUGGCUUAGUAUUUGGUUUUAGAGUUUAUACUGAGUCAUUUCAACAUACCUGUGUCUUAACACUGAAGCAAUGAAUCAGCCAGCCAUUUGACUCACAAUCAGUCUGAGUUUUUGUCGAAUUGAAAGGAGCGUACAAAAAUUCAUUUUCUCCCUUGAAAGUGAUGCUCGGGCUAUUUGUAACAGUAAAUUACAAAAAGUGCUGAAAAAAAAAAAAUCACAUAAUAACGAAAUUGCAAACUUUUUUAGGAAGUUCCGAACAUGACUAUUGAAUGACUUGUUUGGAAAACUGCUAAAACUUUCUUGGAAACUAAAAACACUUGGUUGUAACAAACAUUGUUCUUUGAAUGAAAAGCCUUUUGGAGUUUUGGAGGAUGUUCAUUUGAUACCAAAAAAAAGGAACAGGCGAACCUUGCUGUUUUGUGAUUUGAGAUUCCGAAGUUGAAUUUUUAACUUCCAUGUUGAGUCGUUCUUGUAUCAAGGCAUUCAAAUAAGUUCAGCGUAGUAAGGAUAUGAAGCUGCGUCAAGAAACGGCAUGAAAAAGAAUAAUUUAAAGUAUGCAUCAUUAAUUUAUUACUUGUCAGUUCUACUAGCUGUGUAUCAGCGGUAAGAUUACAAAAACACUUAUCUUGAUUACAAUGCUCCAAAAUUUGUUUCUGCUUAGUGAAGUAACAUUUUGCUGAAAGGAGGUUUCUUCUUUUUUGUAAGCAUUAGUAUUUUCCUCCUUUCAUUUGCUGUGAGUUCAUCAUUAUCGCUCUGUAAUCCAGGACUUCAGGCAGAAAGUAUUUAUAGUCUACCAUUGCAAAGUUUGCCUAUCCGGUGGCAGUCCAUGUCUCCAGGGCAAACAUCAACCUAAGACUUCUGAGCUUAUUGUUAUCAUAUUUUUGUUAUAGAUAAUGUAGAAUCAGUGCCAAAGAAACAGUUGGGUCCUUCCCUUGGUAUGAAAAAAUCAUCUAGUUUGGAAUCCCUGCAAACCAUGGUUCAUGGAAUUCAAAUGGCUGAAGAUGGUGAGGUUUAUCAUCGAACUGGUCAAGGCUCAGUGCGGGUAAUUCGAGGUCGUGGCUGCAAUGAAAGUUUUCGUGCAGCUGUUGAUCGUAGCUAUGACACGCCUUUUUCGCUUCCCCAUGAACUUCAAAUGGAUAUUCUUGCAGAAGAUGAGAGAGAAUCACAUGCUUCACUGGAAUUCAACAGGAUGAAACAGAACUCUGGUAAAAAGAAAGCAGGUCUUCUCAAAGGAAUAGGAUCAAUGUUCAG